AUGUCCGACAAAAAUAAAAAAUCUGAAAAUUCUCAGCGCGAAUUUUCAAUUUAUCACCUCCCUCCAAACAUUUUAUUGACGAUAUUUCAUUACUUGGAUCUCAAAUCGCUUUGUAGGAGCUCAAGGGUCUGCCGGUUAUGGCAUAAUUAUGCAAAUGAUACCAGUUUAUGGAAAAUUGUUGACCUUCGUCCAUAUCAGAUCAGCUUGAGAACUAUGAAGAAAAUUGUGCAUAGAAGAGUUUCUGAGUGCACGAAGGAACUUCAUAUCAAAGGAUUAGUUUCUGCUACGAAGAAACUGGAAAAUUUAUCAAGCCCACUUCUAGAAGAAAUCAAGAAAAAAGCAGUAAAUUUAGAAAGUCUAUGGUUACAUAAUUGCUACUUAUUAAAGAAUGUCAGCAUCGAGUCGUUCCCAGGUUGUAUUACUGAAUUAUCCCUCGCUGAAUCUCUUGUUCCAUUGGGUUGGUUUGAAGCGCUAAAACAGAAGAACUUGUUCCCAUCAUUGGUACACUUACAUUUGACAUCGUGCACUCGAAUUUCCAGUGAAGAUAUCUCGAGUAUUUGUCAACUGAAAACUCUCAAGACUUUAAUAUUAAGAGGCUGUUAUCGUAUUAGAGAUAACGACGUCAGAGCAAUUGUUACGAAUUUAAAGAAUUUGAUAAAGUUGGAUCUUUGUGAUUGUAAAAAAAUAAUGGAUGUUUCAUUACAUCACAUUGCACGACAUUUGAAAGAUAUCCAAUCACUCUCGCUUUCUAACUGUUAUCACAUUACACCCUUAGGAAUGGCUGCUCUACAUGAUGGAUGCUUAAAUAAACUGGUAUUUCUUAACAUCCAGGCCUGUUCCCAUGAAACUCAACGGAAAGCAUUGGAAUUGUUUGCUGGUAACCCAGGAAUGACACUACAAACUUGCGACACAGAAUUGGAUUCCGGGAAUGAUUCUGAGUGA